GGGAUCAUGAGCUGCUGCAAGACCGAAGACGUUCUGAUCCUCCCCGGGAACGCCCACGUCUCGGCAUUCUCAGCCAUGGUUCUUGCUGGAGCAAUGCCUCACUAUGGUCUUCCUUGUUAUGACGAGCUCUGGGAUAUUUCUCAUGGUGUCUCCGCAGAGAGCAUCGAGUUGGCCAUUUUGGAUCUGCAGAAAAGAAAAGAAGUGGGAAUUGGAGCUGUUCUGAUUGUCUCGCCAACUUACUAUGGAGUGUGUAGCCUGGAGGAGAUCGCAUAGGUGUAUCACGAGCAUGGUAUCCCGAUCAUAGUUGACGAGGCUCAUGGAGCGCACUUAAUGUUCCACUCGAGGUUUCCUGCAACGGCACUCGAGCAGGGAGCCGACGUUGUUGUCCAAUCCAAGGUACUCUCGUCUCUUAUGCAGUCCGGGAUGCUCCAUCUUGCAAGAGGCUGCAAGAUUGUAAGGCACGAGAGAAUUAGCAAGUGCCUUCAAACCUUGCAAAGCUCCAGUCCGAGUUACCUUCUCUUGGCCUCUCUCGAUGCCGCAAGAUGA